GGCUCUUGGAAAUUUUAGCCGGACAUUCAGAGUUUGGGAGUGCUUAUUUCGAAAACCGGUACAUGAGGAGGCGCAGAUCAUGCCAUCUUGCAAAAAUCGGCAAGGUGACGAUUUUACUACAACUUUGUUUGUUGGCCUUGUGUUCAAUAUAUGAGGCUCCCGCACAGCUUUUCUUGAACAGAGGGAACAAACAGAAAGUCCUACUUCAAGCCAGGGGUUAUGAGCUGGUGAUGUUCCCAUCAAAGGGCAAGGUACCAAUCCCUACCCUGAAGUUUCGGAAGAUUCCGCUCAAACCUUUGACGCUGAUGGUCUCAGGCUCGACCGACGGUAGCCUGGACAAGAGUGCGUUGACAGGGUUCCCGUACUCCACGGACAAUGCGGCUUCCCUUCUGCUGGGUUUCCCUCGCUUGGGCGGACAGUUGAGUUUGGGAAUGGAUGCCCCUGCAGUGAAUUCUGACAGUGAUGAUUCCAAUCAUUUGGAAGCUGCUUAUGAGCAACGUCUUCCAGGUGGUGGCAGGGUAGCAGCAAGACUGCGCAGCAAUGGAGAAUGGGGUGCUUCCUUCCGGCAUGAGGUGGAAGACAUGGGCACUGUGAGUGGCGGGUUGAACUCGCAAUUGGAUUGGAAUUUGGACUUGAAUACGAGCUACGCGCCAGUGCGGGGCUUCACGCCAUCUGUAGCCUACGGAGCCACACAGGAUGGCGUUCAUUUACGUGGACGCGUGGACAAAGACUUCUCGCCCCACUGGCAUGGUAGCUAUGGUUUGCAGAACAUCCCGGGAAAGUACUCCCCUGUGGACUUUGUGCAUGACAGCACCAUCACCCUUUCAGCAGGCCGGCACACCAUUCAGGCAUCGGCAGCAUAUGACAGGCAGAUGUUGAAGUCUCCUUUGACUGGUGCCAUUUCGUACACACUGACAACCAGGCCUGUCACACUGCAUGCCCUGAUGGAUGGAUCGCAGUAUGCCCUGGCAGCUCAGAGCGGAAGAAAGAGCUUGGCGGCCACCUUGGGGCGGCCCAAUGAGGAGGGCCAGCGCAGCUCACAAGUGGAGCUCCGAUUUGGGCAGGUUGCGGCUACCAUGAAGAAGGAGGGCUCUUCCAAGCCACGGAUACGCUUGUCCAAAGAUGCAGUGCUGUAGUACGCUGAGUCCGGCUUUUCGGCGAAUGAAGCCGUUGCAGGUUGGAGAAGACCUCGAUUUGCGCCGAUCUGGGAGCACACUUUGGAC